AUGACAACUAACAAAUUUGGUAAUAUACUAUUUACCAAAUCUGGUACUACGGGGUCUAAUGAUGAAAAUGAAAUUUACAACAAACCAGGUGGCCUGAUGAUGAAGGCAUUAUAUUACGAUGAUUAUUCAGAUUUGGAAUUUGAUGAAAAUGAAGAAAAGGAAUACAAGGAAAAAGAUGAAACAAAGGAAGAGCAACAGCUGCAUCAAAGAGAAGCCGAUAUGAUGAUAAAUUACAAUGAACUAGAAUCCGAAUACGAGAGUUCUAAAAUAGGAGAAGAACCUAAUGAUCCAUUCUUUCGAACGAAUCCAUAUUUAAGUCAUAGAUCAAUUUCACCAGCAAAAGAAAUACCACAUUCUAUACGGCAAAAUUCACCAGCAAGUCAGAAUGAUCCUCAAGUACCUGAUAUAGUAAAAAACUUUGGAGUGAAUGAAGCAUCUAGAAAAUUAGCAGAAGAACCCACAUUAAAAGUUUCAUCCCAAUAUCACAAAUAUGGAAUUGGUGCAAAAUUAAUGAUGAAAAUGGGGUAUCAAGAAGGUAAAGGGUUAGGAAAUGAUCAAUCAGGUAUAGUUGAACCAAUUGAUGCUGUUCAAAAUAAAGGAAAAUUUGGAUUAGGUGCCUCAUCGAGGAAUAAGAGUGUAUUAAGUGAUGAAGAUGAAGAUGACAAUAAAACUAUUGUUAAAGAUCACGAACAAACUUUAUUAAUGAAGAAAACCUUGAAGCUAACUACCAAAGCUUUUUUUGUGAUCAAUAAAUUCGAAAGAACAGGUGUUGAAUUGCCAAAUGACGUAAUUAAAUGGGCUAACAAUUUAAAGAAUAUAACAACAGAUCAAGAAUUAAUAGAUGCAACUAGAGUUUAUGACUAUUUAGAUGACAUAUGGGAUGAUUUUUAUGCAUACAAUGAGAAAGAAAGUACUUUGAAAAUGGAAUUAGAUUUACUUAAUAACAACAACAUUGAAAAUAGAUUGAGUGAGUUAAAUUUGUUGCAGAAUCAAUUAAAAACAUUACAGUUAAACAUGGAUGGUGUAAAAAUCGAUGAUUUUGUUCAAUAUUUAUCCAAAUUGUCUAUAUCUGAUGAUGAUAAGGUUUCCACACUUUUAACUAUUGUGCAACAGAAUCUUGAUCUAGUCAUAAAUGUGCCAUUGGCUUCUUUUAAAAGUCAGGAGACAUUAGUUACUACACAAUUGAACAAUUAUGCUACUUUCUUUACCAAUUUAUCAUCAUCGAAGAAUUUUUUUUUCAAUUACUUAUUUCAUGGAUAUUCACAACAAUUGAAAGAGUUGUUAGAGGGUGCAGGUUAUAGUAGAGAAGCAGACGAAGAUUUGGAUAAAUUAAUAAUUACAAUCUUAUCAAUAUGGGUAAAUAAUUUUAACUCCAUUAUGAAAGAAAAAUUUAUGUCAAAAUUAUUUAAAGCAUUAUUUGUGAACUACAUUAUGAGAAAAAUCAAAGAAUGGGAAUUAUUUUCAAUUGAAACACUUUCAAAAUAUGUUGAUGAUUAUUUAAUUAUUAUUUCAACAAUUGAUGAUUCAACUCAUGAAAAACUUCAUUCAGCAUUAUCUUUAAAAAUUAAAAAUUAUUUAGACUUUGAAAACAUAAACUCAUUAUGGCAUAAUCUUCAAAACGUAGACCAUUUAAAAUUUGCAAAAACCCAAUUACUUGAUAUUUUUCAGACCUGGAUUCCUAGAAUUAAAGCCAAUGAUACUUUUGAUGCUCAAACAAUAAUAAAAUCAUAUGAAAGAUCUUUUGCAAAAUGGAAAGAAAACAAGUUACUGUUGGACCAAGACCAAAAGUUUGUCUAUGAUUGUUGUUUCGAAUUUACCAACUGUUCGAAUCUUGAAUCAAAUUUUAAUACUUUGCAAUAUUUGUUGUUUAAUAGAUGGAUCGAAGAGUUAGUAAAAUGCUCCCAGCCGGACCCAGAAAAAGCAAUAGAGUAUUAUACAAAUUGGUUUAAUUAUUUUAAUGACAAACUAAAUCAAUAUGACAAUCAAAUUAUUUCUGAUUUAAUAAAUUGGUAUCUCAAUAAAGCAUUAUUAAUUAUACAGUCAAAUUUCGAUCCUUUAGUAUAUUCAAAUUUACCAAAAUUACAAGGUUCAAUUUUACCAAAAUCAGAUCAAUUACUACAAAAUAAGAAUAACAAUAUCACUAAUGCAAAUGGUAUUCCUGGUUAUAAAUUAAUGACUACGUUCAAAGAUAUACUACUUGAAUGGUGUUCAGAAAAUGGUAUAGUCAUGACUUUAUUAAAAGAAAGAUUUCAUUUUUUGAAAGGCUAUCCAAUUUAUAUGUUUAAAUAUGAUAAUUCAACAAUAUAUGGUUAUAUUGAAGAUGACGUACUUUGGAUAACUUUGAAUAAUAAUGAUUAUGAAAGUCUGAAUUAUUUCCCAAUAGCGAUGGAAGACUUAAUAAAUCAGUUUUAA